UUGGCAAAGGUUUGCUUUUCUUUUAAGCUACGCGCCAAAGUGAUUCGAGGAUGGCCGAGUGUCGUACGAUACAAAGAUACGCGACGAUGACAACUCAAACUUCUCGAGGAAAUUGAACUAAACGAAAAUGAGACAGCAAAACUUGAGAACUAUAUUCUUGACGAUUUGUUGUCUUUCGUAUCUUCUUGUCGGCGCUGCUAUAUUCAGCGCUUUAGAAUAUGAUGAAGAUCAAGUGCGACGACACAAGUUAGGCCAGCUUGAAGAAAUGCUAACUUCAAAAUACAACAUCAGUCGAGAAGACCUGAAAAAAUGGGAAUUCUAUCUAGUGGCGAAGACGAAUGUAAAGGCCAAUCUGUAUCAAUGGAGUUUCGCGGGGUCGGUUUACUUCGCCACAACAGUCAUCACGACUAUUGGAUAUGGGCAUACAGUACCAAGAACGAAACGAGGGAAGAUUUUCUGUAUGCUAUACGCGGCUGUUGGCAUUCCUUUAGCUUUGACAAUGUUUCAAUCUAUUGGUGAACGGCUCAAUACUUUCCUAGCUUCAAUGUUCCGAAGACUAAAGAGAAAAAUGGGCAAAAAGGAUGGUGAUGUAUCAAGCACGACAAACUUGGUAGUCCUAUGUGGGUUAUUGUCCAUGGCAAUCACGGUUUGUUCAGGGGCUUUUAUCUACGAAUACUAUGAGAAGUGGGACUACUUCGAUUCUUUAUACUAUUGCUUCAUAACCGUCACAACGAUUGGCUUCGGAGACUACGUUGCUCUACAAGAUAGCGAAAAAACUAAAUUCGACAAUACGUAUGUUGGAAUCUCUUUAUUAUUUAUAUUUUUUGGCUUAACAAUUGUAGGAUCCGUUAUGAACCAACUCGCUCUUAGAUUGCUAACAGCAAGCCAGACGAAAGAGCCCGUAGAAAACCUAGUCCCCGGAGGACCGCGCUGCGACAGAUGCUCGAUUAAAUCCGCACAAGACCAGUUUGAAUGCUGUGAACCUCCGUCAGACUAUUCCACAACUUUACUACGAAAUUACGAAGAUGAAAUAACGUUUACCACAUAUAAAGAACCCACUUAUACAAGUGCUGACAAAAAACGAGCUUCUAUAUAGAAAACCAUGAGCAUUUUUUCCACCAAGAAGAGCCGGUUUAUAUAUAUAUUUUCUAAGUACACAUUUCUAGACAAAAGAUCCCAAAGAGAAAUUAGACGGAGCGAUAUGAUCACUAACCACACUCCUAUUUACUUGAGUCAGUGAUGGCUUACUGAAAAUAUAUCCAUACAUGAUUAAAUUGUAUGGGACAACGACUCUAAUAUGGCCUUCGUUUUGAUGUAUGAUGGUAAUUCCAUGUUACACCAGGGUAGAAAAGUGGAAUAAUCGAAACUACGAGUUUAUAAAAAAACUAAAGGAAAAUUUAAAGGCAAAAAUCUUGCUCUGGAGAGAAAGGAGAGAAAAUUUAUUUGCUCAAAGCAAUGCUGAAUUUUCUGGAUUGGAAUUUUCAGAGUGAAUAACAAACCCAUAGCACCUGCUAAAGUUAUGAAAUAUUGAUUAAUAUUGCAGUCAUAUUUUAUUCAAUAUUUUUUUUGUGCUUUCUACUCUCCUCGCACUAAAAACUGGCUUGAAAUUGGAUGCAAGCGAAGAGAAAAAAGCGAGAAAACUUCAUUAGAUAUCACCCAGUAAAGAACAGAGAUGGUAAACUAACCAAACGAGGCGAAAAAAGUCGCCAGUAAAAUAGAUAAAGCAGAGAAGUUUUCGAUUCUUAACAGAAUUGUUAAUUAGUUGGCAGGACUACCGAAAUGACGAGAGAUACUUCAAUAGAAAAGAAAAAUAAUUAGAAAUCUCCUUUUCGUACUCAGAGUUUUACAAAACUACGAAGAUAACAAUAAUAAUUAUAAUGAUAAUAAUAAUAAUACAUCUAGAAAUGAUUAUAUAAUCUUCGAGUUAAGAAAAAACGCUCAAAUUUUUUGAUACUUCUGUCAAUUAUAUGUUUUUUGGACGAUUUUUGACAAGCUAGUUUGUAAAUGCAAAUUAAAACUUAAUGUAGAGAUCCUAACUAAAUAAUAUUUUUAUAUUCUUCAGAAAGAAAAUAAAAUUUCAUUUGACUGAA